AUGACUGACGAUGGCAAACCGUCUACACAUAUCGUACAGGAGCAGGCUGAAAGCUCACAAAAGGUGGCUACACCCAAGGUACGCAGGAGCGCGCGUCUACAGGCCACUACCAAAGCCCAGGACAGGACGUUCAAAGACGACAGGAAGGCUGGUCCAGCGACGACAGCAUCAGCGAGUGUAGGGAACUCAACUUCCCUGAAACGGAAGAGGGGCAAGGGAAAUGCGUACCUCUCGCCAGACACGCCAUCACCGAAACAAACUCGGACGUCGACCCGACACGCGAUUCAGGAAUCAUCCGGAGAAAACCAUCCCAUCAUACCUAUCGUCGACCCGGUGCAGAAUUGGGUACUCAAUGAGCAGUGGCCUCCCCAAUACUUCGAGCCGGACGACCAGACGAAGCAAGAACUACUGGAACACGACAGCUGGGCAGAAGCAAUGAUGGCAUGCCCACCUCCUCCAGUUGUCAAAUAUGUAGAAAUAAAUGGAUUCAGAUACCCGUUACCGGUCCCAAAACUGCCUUCAAUUCGCCGAAAGCAGUCAGAUGCAAGCCUGAGUGGUCCCAGCGGCCAGAACAGGGACAGCAAGAGCGUCCAGUACCGAGAUCCCCGGUACAUAUCGUUGCUCGAAGCCAAAGGCAGCUUCCUACACGACUUCGGCAGGCCCCCGCCAUCGGUCACUGAUCCGGGUCAGCACUUGCUUGAUGCAGAACAAGUGGUGCCUCAGAACACCAUGUUUCGUGACGAAACGUUUGAGAGGCUGUGCCAACAAAUGGAGCACCGCAAUGAAAGCCGAGUCGUUCAAGACGUGGCUCGGCUGCUUGUCCCAUCAGCAGAAAAUUUGGCUAUAUGUGGUGCUGCUCAUCUCGAUAUCCUGAUCGAGAACGUUAACGAAGCCUGGACAGAGAGUAUCCCAGUCGAGGGGCCCCGUCCGCAGCCAGACUAUUCUGUGGGAUUUAGAAAAUCCGCAUUCACGAACGAGCAGCUACGAAAGCUUGCUCCCCUUGUUGGCAGCGUCUUCGAUACCUCAUAUUACGUUGCGACCUACCGGAUGUACUUCCCAUUUCUUACGUGCGAAGUAAAAUGUGGCGCAUCGGCACUUGAAAUUGCCGACCGCCAGAAUGCCCACAGCAUGACCAUCGCUGUGAGAAGCGUCAUCGAAUUGUACAGAGCUGUGGGCCGGGACAAAGAACUUGACCGGCAGGUGCUGGCGUUUUCAAUAUCUCACGAUCAUCAGUCUGUUCGAAUCUACGCUCAUUACGCCGUCGUCGAGGCUACGGGAACCACGUUCUACCGACAUCUAGUCCAUUUGUUCAGUUUCACAGUGCUCGGAGGGAAGGACAGGUGGACUGCCUAUAAAUUCACCAAAACCGUUUACGAUCGCUGGAUGCCUCUUCAUCUAAAACGCAUCUGUUCGGCUAUUGAUCAGCUGCCGUCCGGUCUCGAUUUCCAGGUUCAUGACGGAACCGAGGCACCAUCGGAAGCGGCAACUGGACUAUCACAAGGUCUGGAGAGCCUUCAUCAGCCGCCAAAUACUUCCGGCCUUCUUCCUCAGCAAGAUGAGACGCAGCCUAUAGCGCAAAUUGCCACUCCAGACACUUCUGUUUCCAAAGACAGGAGCCAAGGUGCAGCUAAAAGGGCGAAGAUGGCACACACUACCCAAGAGAACAGCGGCAAGCGGAAAGUAUGA